AUGACUAUGAAACCUCUCUCCACAUCCACCCUGCCACCUCGACCGUCCGGCUUGGCGGUCUUUGUCUCACCCCUCACCGUCUUACCAGGGAGCACGGAACCCGAACCGGCUACGAUCGUCAUCAAUCAAGAGACUGGCAAAGUCGUGGACGUCAUACCUGGACAGCUCAUUCGGGACGAGACCUCGCUCGAUACUCGGCCGUAUGGCGACCUCAAGUUGGACAAGUUUGUCGAGAUUCCUGAAGGUAGAGUCCUCCUCCCUGGACUCGUCGAUGCUCACGUCCACCUCAACCAGCCGGGGAGGACGUCCUGGGAGGGCUUUACAUCUGGAACUCUGGCGGCCAUCUCUGGCGGAGUCACGACCGUGAUCGACAUGCCCCUCAACUCGAUCCCUUCUACCACCUCUGUAGGAGCCCUCGAGGUCAAGAUCAAGGCUGCACGUUUCGUCGGGGAGAACAAGGGGGUGUAUUGCGAUGUAGGGUUCUGGGGUGGUAUCGUACCAGGAAAUAGGGAGCACCUGUCACCUCUGAUCCGGGCUGGUGUCAAGGGAUUCAAGUGCUUUCUGAUCGAAUCGGGUGUCGAUGAAUUCCCUGCGGUAUCUGAAGAGGAUGUCAGACAAGCAAUGAUUGCUUUACGAGGUUCUGACGGACUGAUCUUGUUCCACGCCGAGAUGGGAGAACCGGUACACGGCCUCGGGGACGACCAGACUUAUCAAACAUUCCUCAAAUCUCGUCCUGACCAAUGGGAAGUCACCGCGAUCGAGAUGAUCAUUCGACUCCUCGAUGAAGAAGCUGCCAACCCCAAAGUCGAGAAUCCAACUCGAGCCCACAUCGUGCACCUAGCCUCGGCUCAAGCUCUCCCACUCAUCGCAGACGCCCGGGCAAGGGGCCUGCCUCUAACAAGCGAGACGUGCUUCCACUACCUCGUGCUAUCGAGCGACUCGGUGCCUGCAGACGAUCAUCGGUCUCAUACCGAGUACAAAUGCUGUCCGCCAAUCCGCGAAGAAGCCAACCGAGAAGAGUUGUGGCAAGCCUUGGAGGACGGGCUCAUCGAUUACGUAGUCUCGGAUCACUCUCCCUGUAUCGCCGAGAUGAAGCAGGGUGGCUUCAUGGACGCCUGGGGCGGGAUCUCGGCCCUUGGUUUAGGAAUCAGCCUGCUCUGGACGGAGAUAUGUAAACGGAACGAGCGCCGUGAGGCCGGCGAGUCUCGCAAGAAGCAGCUCCGAUUGGCAGAUCUGGUACGCUGGUGUUGCACGAACACCGCCAAGCAGGUUGGAUUGGCAGGUCAAAAGGGUGUCAUUGCCAAGGGUGCCGAUGCGGACUUUGUUGUUUUCGACCCGGAGGCUCAUUUCCAGGUUGAUCUGGAUCACCUUAAAUUCAAGAACAAAGUCUCACCAUAUGUAGGGAAAGACCUGCGAGGUAGAGUUGAGGCCACUUACCUUCGAGGGUUAAUGAUCCACGACAUCGGUCAAGGGGGCCAGAUCGGCCCAAGGUGGGGCAAUCUGAUCUGA